AUGGAGGAGAUUAUUCGCAGACUCACAGAAAUAACGGUCCGACAGCAGCAAUUCUCUGAGCAGCUGGCAGCCCGGCAAGAGAGGACGGAACAGGUGGUAGAGCAGCUGCGUGGUGCCACGGCCCAGCGAACCCCACUCCCUGAGCCACGAUGGCAGGCCCAUCAACACCUCACGAAACUCAAUGACCAGGAUGACGUGGAGGCAUAUUUACACACCUUCGAGGUCAUUGCGACCAGAGAGGCAUGGGAGAAAGAGCGGUGGGCACAGUUGCUCGCUCCUUUCCUGACAGGAGAAGCCCAGCGAGCAUAUUACUCCCUCCCACCACCCCGAAAUGAGGAUUAUGACGCGCUGAAGAAAGAAAUCUUGGCCAGGGUUGGGCUGUCCCCAAUGUGUGCCGCCCGACACUUCCAGCAGUGGACCUACGACGAGCACCUCACCAUCCGAGCUCAAGCUGCCCGACUGACUCGCCUUGCCCACCUCUGGCUUUUACACGACGGCCCAACGGUGGCCCAGGUUGCUGAGAGGGUGGUAAUUGAUCGCUUGCUUCGGGCCCUGCCACGUCACUACCGGAGGCUCGUGAACAUGCGCAACCCCUCCAGUCUGGCAGAACUGAUGGAAGCGGUGGAGCUGGCAGAGGCAUCCUUUGCCCCCGAGGCAGGAGACAGAGUGGCGACAACGCCACGGAAGACCAAGCUUGACCGACGACAGGCGGAGGGCACCUCAAGGCCAGUUAAUGGACCAGUGGUACCUGCGCCGGGACAAACCGAUGAACCCAUGCCCACCGAGCCGCCAUCCCCGGGAGGUCGCGUGUGGAAAGCUGGUUGUAUCGUCCAUAGAGCAGUCCCGCAAGGUGCCCCUGAGCGAACCGUCUGCCUGGAUGGGGGAACCGUACGAGCUGUCCUAGACUCGGGCAGCUCGAUCACUUUGGUCCAGCCUGGGGUACUGCGACCCCGGCAGAGUGGGAAAGCUAGGAUACCCAUAACCUGUGUGCAUGGAGACACCCGCAACGUUCCCGCACAGCGUGUUACCAUCUCAGCCAGCCCCGGGACAUGGCAACUGGAGGUGGGGGUGGUUAAAGACCUCCCAGUACCGGUGCUACUGGGAAGAGACUGGCCAGGUUUCGAUCAGCUAAUGGCCACCGCGAUGCAACAAGGACCCAACCCCCGGGCUCGCCACAAACAACGAGCAGAACGUACAGAAGGCCGCCGACCAGCCCUUCUGGCCACCGACAGCGACGGGGAUGGUGAGUGUGCUAAUUCUACUAAUAUGUAUAUGAACUUGUUCCAACAGAUCACAGCAGGGGGAUCGUUUGGCCGAGAGCAGCGGGAGGACGAGCGCUUGAAGAAUUGCUGGACUCAGGUUCGUGUAAUAGAGGAGGAGGUGCGCCAGCCCCCGCCGCACCCCACCCCUUACUUCAUAAUCAAGAAUGGCCUGCUUUACUGUGUUGCCCAGCAUCGGGGGGAGGAAAAACUGCUCUUAGUGGUGCCAAGGACCAAGACUGAGACGGUAAUCGAGCUAGCACACUCGCACCCGAUGUCUGGACACCUGGGCGUGGUUAACACCACACAACGGAUUCGAGACCGGUUCCACUGGCCAGGAUUGGAGGCGGAAGUGAAGCGAUUUUGCCAGAGCUGUCCAACCUGCCAGCGCACCUCCCCUCGUCAGCCUCCACCCAGCCCACUUGUGCCACUACCCAUCAUUGAGGUGCCCUUUAGCCGCAUCGGUAUGGACCUAGUUGGGCCUCUGCCGAAAUCCGCCCGGGGUCAUGAGCACAUCUUAGUCAUACUGGACUAUGCAACCCGGUACCCCGAAGCCGUGCCCCUCAGGAAGGCCACUUCCAAAGCCAUUGCCCGUGAGUUAUUCAUGCUAUUCAGCCGAGUGGGAAUACCACAGGAAAUAUUGACUGACCAGGGAACCCCCUUCAUGUCUCAGCUCAUGGCGGAGCUCUGCCAGCUCCUUAAGGUGAAGCAGCUCCGCACUUCGGUGUACCACCCCCAGACGGAUGGAUUGGUUGAAAGGUUCAACCAGACACUGAAACAGAUGUUGCGACGGGUGGUGGCGGAAGAUGGGCGUGACUGGGACCUGAUGCUCCCCUAUGUGUUAUUUGGCAUCCGAGAGGUCCCUCAGGCGUCCACUGGGUUCACGCCUUUUGAGUUGUUGUUCGGCCGACAGCCCCGUGGGCUGUUGGAUGUGGCAAGAGAGGCAUGGGAGCAACAGCCAGCACCCCAUAGAACCGUUAUCGAACAUGUGCGAGAGAUGCGUGAGAGGAUUGAACGGGUGAUGCCUCUUGUCCGAGAACACCUUGCAGAGUCACAGCGCGCCCAGAAACGGCUGUAUGACCGGCCAGCCCAGCCAAGGGAAUUCCAACCUGGGGACCGAGUGCUGGUUCUUGUGCCGACUGCGACUUCCAAAUUCCUAGCCUCCUGGCAGGGGCCCUACACCAUCAUAGAGAAAGUGGGGCCAGUAACGUACCGGGUUCGCCAAGUGGGACGCCGGAAGGAGCAGCAAAUCUACCACAUCAACCUGCUCAAGAGGUGGGUGGCACCCCGGGAGCAACUGGCAGCUUUUGCCCAGGAGGAGACCCCAGUGGUCGCAGUAGGGGAACAGCUCUCUCCGAUGCAGAAGGCGGAAAUAACCACCCUGGUCAGACAAUUCAAAGAUGUGUUCAAUACACUACCCGGGCAAACCCGGAUUAUACAACAUGAGAUCCGCACGCCCCCUGGUGAAAUCAUUCGGCAGAGGCCCUACCGAAUCCCGGAGGCUCGGCGGCAGGCUAUUGAGGAGGAAGUAGCCCGGAUGCACCAGCUGGGAAUCAUCGAGCCAUCCCGCAGCCCUUGGUCCAGUCCCAUCGUAAUGGUCCCAAAAAAAGAUGGAACUCUCCGGUUUUGUAACGAUUUCAGACGGCUGAAUGAAAUCUCAAGCUUCGAUGGUUACCCCAUGCCCCGUGUGGAUGAGCUCUUGGUGAGAUUAGGUGGGGCCCGUUACAUCUCUACACUCGAUUUGACCAAGGGCUAUUGGCAGGUGCCCCUCACCCCCGACUCAAAGGAGAAGACUGCCUUCAGUACCCCUGGUGGCCACUGGCAUUACCGGGUUCUCCCUUUUGGCCUUCACGGGGCUCCUGCCACAUUCCAGAGAAUGAUGGACAUCAUUUUGCGACCGCACCAGUCCUACGCCGCUGCGUACCUGGAUGAUGUCGUCAUCCACUCGGUGAGCUGGGAGGAACAUCUCGAUCGGUUACGGAGAGUACUAACGGAGUUGCGGCGAGCUGGACUUACUGCUAACCCAAAGAAGUGCCACUUAGGGCUUGCAGAGGCACAAUACCUGGGCUACCAGAUUGGCCGGGGGCUAAUCCGACCUCAGAGCAGAAAGAUAGAGGCGGUUCAGCAAGCGGCGCGGCCCACCAACAAAACUCAGGUGCGUGCCUUUCUGGGACUAGCCGGAUAUUAUCGUUGCUUCAUACCAAAUUUCUCCUCAAUAGCCAGCCCUUUGACAGACCUGACCAAAAAGGGACAGCCAGAAAAGCUGAAGUGGACGGCGGCAGCUGAAGCCGCAUUCCAAACCCUCAAGGAGGCGCUCUCGUCUUCGCCCGUCCUACAUGCCCCGGACUUCAGCUGCCCAUUCAUCCUACAGACAGAUGCUUCUGACACUGGCCUGGGUGCAGUCCUUUCCCAAGAGAAAGGAGGAGAGGAGCACCCAGUCGUAUACAUAAGUCGGAAGCUCACCCCAGCAGAGACUCGAUAUGCAGCCGUGGAGAAAGAAGCGCUUGCCAUCAAGUGGGCCAUCUUAGAGUUGAGGUAUUACUUGUUGGGCCGCACCUUCACUCUUAUCACAGACCAUGCUCCGCUCCAGUGGAUGGCCCGGGCCAAAGAUACUAAUGCCAGGAUCACCAGAUGGUUCCUGGCCCUCCAGGAUUUCCACUUUAGGGUCCAGCAUCGGGCUGGGGCAGCUCAUGGCAAUGCCGAUGGGCUCUCCAGGAUGUGGUCACUAUGGUCAGGCCUGUCAAAUAACACUUCCCUCCCACCCCCCCGAUCUCCCUUGUCUCUCCACAGAUGUUCACGCAGUACCAGGACGGCGCUUUGGGGGGGGAGUGUGGUGAGCCAGCUAACGAGGGAUUAGCGUCGCCCAGGAAACAGCGCUCACACUGCAAUCACUGGGGAGAGCAUGGUGAUCAAAGACACCUGAACCUCAUCAGCAGAACAGCUUUUAAGCAGAGGAAAAGGAGAGGUAGUUGAGCUUCGACUCCAGAACUAGACUAACACUGUGUUCUGGCUCUCUUUCAGAUUCAGGUGUCUGAGGAACAGCACGUCACGCCGCACCUACUGAUACUUUGGGCUGCACAGCCAAGACUCCUACACCAGAGCACGCCAGCACUGCACAGUCUACUUUCACCCACUGCUCAAUAAAUCGCCCCUCUGGGGACUUCACUGCAGUACUGUCGUCCGUGUGAUCACUCU